UGGAAAGGACACAUUCCAUCUAUCGAAAAGGUAAAAGCUGCCAGUGGAAUCAUGGAUGACUACUUAGUAGAAAUUUCCAAAACUUACGGGCUGGUAUUUCGUCUAUGUUUCUGGAAUCAAGUUGCUGUCUUUGUUUUAGAUCCAGAAUGCAUUAAGGAUGUUCUUGUAACUGGAAAUCACCAAAAAUCAAAACGUUUUUAUUCUAGAUUAACAAGCGUAUUUGGUACAAGGUUUAUUGGCCAAGGAUUGGAAACGCAGCUUGAUAGCAAGCAUUGGAUAAUGCAGCGAAUACAUUUUGACCAAUGGUUUAAACCGAGCUACAUUCGGCAGUUUGCAUCCGAAUUCAAUGUGUUUGCCGAUAGUUACACAAAAUACUUGGAAACCUCUGCGGACGGCAAGACGGAAAUACACUUACUGCAUUCGUUUAACAAACUGACGAUGCAUCUGUUGUAUAAGGUAGCAUUCAGUGUAGAUAUGGGACCUCUACAUGGCAAGAACCAUCCCUUUGUUACAAAAAUGAAGACAGCUAUGUCAGGAUUUUCGGCUCUCCUGGCAAACCCUUUGGUGGAUCCGUUCAAAUGGGGAUUUCGCCGGGAAGUACGGGGAGCUAUCAAUUUCAUCAGAGGUAGUGCAAAACAAAUGAUGAUCGAUAGAAAAGUUGCAAUGCACCUUGACCAAUGGUUUAUGUCAAAGCUACAAAGAGAAAUUGAUGAGAACGUGGGUGCAGUGUCAGGGAUCAGCCUGAAUGAGAUUGAGAAGCUAUCUUACCUGGAUAUGGUGUUGAAGGAAACACUCCGCCUUUAUCCUGUUGGUAAGGCAACCUUCCGCGGGACAAUCAGGGACUACAAUCUUGGCGGUCACCUCAUCCCCGCCGGAACUGACAUGAUGGUAAGUUUCUACGCGACGUCCAGGGCAGGUCAAAAUAUAAGAGAUCCAACAAAGUUUUCGCCAGAACGAUUCCACAUCGACAGCUCAGAUAAAUUUAGCAAAUACGCCUCCACACCUUUCUCAGCUGGGCCUCAUACAUGUAUAGGGAAAAAGUUUACGGAGAUACAAAUAAAGAUAACGAUUUCCAAGAUCAUGCAGAAUUUCGACUUCGAAUUGGUUCCCGGACAAACCUGUGAUCUAGCAGACAACGCAACAUUACAAGCAAAAGAUGGCGUCAAGUGUUUUUUUCUGUUCUAG